ACGAAAUCCUACAUACCACAUCAUUCAUCUAGAUCUAGUCACUUUACUUCAAAGAUGGUUGGAGCAAUAUGGUGAAAUCAAGAAAAGACGCAGAGAACGAGGUCCGAUCAUGGGGAUUCGGCCACGUCUUUACCUGGACAGACAGCCCCAAUGCGCACUACUCGCCACACAAGCAUAGUGGCAAGACCACGCAUCUCGUCCUCAACGGAUCAAUAACAUAUACAUAUCCCGAUGACCCCGACGCGAAGAAAGAGACUAUAGGCCCUGGCGACAGAUGGGAUGUCGACGCGCAAAAGGUGCACGAGGUCUGGGUAGGCAGUGAAGGAUGUACAUAUGUCAUCGGGGAGUGAGCAUGCUACGCAUGCCAAUUAAGAUUAUCCUAUUUAUCUAUUCAUCCCCA